AUGGGCACUCACCAGGAUGAACUCAUCCGCGACAGCCGAGAGAAGCUUUUUGAGCCCUGGGCAAAGCGAGUACUGAUCUGGCAGGCACAAACAAAUCGUGAUAUGACUCGUGCUGUCAAGGAAAUGCUGGAGAGUCGAAUCGGGUUGUCGGAUGGAAAGAUGUGUACUGUCAGCUCUCAAUAUUGUGACUGGCCUAAAGAUCAACCACAACAUAAGAUUCUGGCGGCGGCGAUCCAGGCGUGGAAAGUCGUCAGAAACGAUUCAACCGCUGCCCUACGCAUUCAAUCCCUCUUCCGGAAGGAGGUCGCAAAGGACUUUGGCCCCGAAAUGGACACGAUGUUCUUCCAGUGCUCAACUCCAAACAGAGAUGUGUUGUUGAUGGUUCGCCGUCACGGUAUAAAUGGGCAUAGUGGCGCUCGUUGGGAACGUGUGACGAUGUCAUUAACGGCGAACUCGCUUGAAGAUUUC